AUGUCGGGUGUUUCGAAAGAUCAUACGUCAGUACGUGUUGUCGCGCCUCCCGGUGGUAAAAGUUUCAAUAUUUUUGGUACGUCAGAACAAGAACAAGCACAAACAAAUAAAAAAAAUCAUAUGGUUUCCGAUAUAUUUGGUUUGGUUAAUAACGGAGAAACGCAAAAAUCAUCACGUGGUCGAGAUAAUUCUGGCAUACAUAUAUUUGGUGGCAAGGAUGAAACCGAUCAUGUUGUAACAAAAUCAUCAACAGUUUAUUCUGAUAAAAAUAAGUCAAAUAUAUUUGAUGGUCCACAACAACAACAGCAAACACAAACAACAAAGCCCGAUCGUCAACGUUCAAAUAUAUUUAAUAGUCAAAAUGAAAUAAAUGAAAUAAAUCAUCAAAAUAAUAAUCGUGAAGCAGAUUUGCAUAAACAAAAUCAAAUGCGUUCAAAUAUAUUUGGCACCAACGAUAGUAACGGAAAUAAUGAUCAUGUUCAGAAAACAGCAGGAGUAUAUUCAGAAAAAAAUAAAUCGAAUAUAUUUGGAAAUAAUAAUGAAAAUGAUCAAAAAAAAACAGGACGUCAAGGAAUAAGAGUGGGUUAUAAUUGUAUUACUGGUGAAUAUUACAACACAAAUAAAAAUCUUGAUGUUGCUAAUGAGAAAAAACAACAAGUAUCGACGACUAACGAUGUUCAUGAUCAAAAUGGAGCUGAUAAUCAUGAUGCUAAAGAAAACUCGAAGGAUGAUAAUAAGAUUGAAAAUGGUACUACUUUAACAACAGCAGUGGAACAAGAUUUAAGUGUUAAUGGAUCGGAUCAUACUCCCAAUGAGAAUAGUGAAAUGACAACAAAUGGAGCUGCUGCUCAAGCGACAACAAACGGGGCUGACAUACAACAUCAACAACAAACUAUCCAUACAGUCAGUCGUGUUUUGCAACCGCCUGGAGGAAAAUCACAUGGUCGUUUAUGGUAA